AUGUCCGCCCCGCGCCCGGGCCACGUCAGCCGCCGCUCGGCAGCCAGGCUCCGCCCCGAGCGCCCGCCCCACCCCGGGGCCCGGGGGCGGCCGCGCCCCUCCGCCCCGCUCCGCUCCGCUCUCCGCCCGGCCCGCUUCCCCCGCUGCGGGGCGGGAAUGGCGGCCGGAUCCGCCCCGCGCCCCGGCUGGGGGCCCGCCCACGGCGGACGGCUGCGGGGUUGCGCACUCGGCGCCGCUGCGGGGAGAGCCGCUCCUUCCCACGCUCCUGCCCACCUCGGCGAGCCCGGCGCGCUCCCGGCACGGCAGUGCGUUCCUCGGCGCCGAGAGGGCGCGGCCGGGCCCGGGACUACAGCUCCCAGCGUGCCCCGCGGUGCCCACAUCCGGUUCCCGGCGUGCCCCGCGCCGUGCCCGUGCCGGCGGUGCGUGCGGGACGCGGCGGUCCUGGCGGAGCAGCGCCGUUCCCCCUCGGGGCGCGUGGCGCCGCCGGCGCAGCGGAGGGCUCUCGGCGGCUCCCGGCGGAGCGGCGGUGCCGGUUUCAGACCCCCGCUCCCGGCCGCACCACCGCACGGAGCGGGCGGAGAAGCGCCGUGCGAUGACAUCGGAGCGCUGAAGGAAAAGGACCGCGCUCUGGACCGGGAGAUCGCGCAGCUGCUGUCCGAAGGGUACAGCGUGGAGGAACUGGAGAAGCACAUCUCUCUGCUCCAUGAGUAUAAUGAAAUUAAAGAUGCUGGCCAGAUGCUGCUAGGCAAACUGGCUGUUAUCCGAGGAGUUACUACGAAGCAGCUGUACCCUGAGUAUGACCUGGAGCUUAAUGACUAGCAUGGGACCCGCAGGCUGCCGUGACCUGCAGACAUGACCAUUGCAGGGCUGUUGUGUUUUGGUGUCGUACCCAUUUGGAUCCAACAGAAGCAGUAUAUAUGCUGAAUUUUAAGAGAUUUUGUUAGCAGCCACAUUUCUCAGCAGCUUUGGAAUGUGCAAAGUUAUGGAUGAUACCAACUCAUUCCUGUUUGUGGGAAAGGGAUGUUGGGGCUGUGAACUUGGGAUACUUUCAGUUUACUCUGCUACCUGAGAAGCACUAUUUCUAAUGAUUAUUUUUAAUUGGAAUGGUUGUAAUCCAAGGUUGAUGCUAAAGUUCUUCCCAGUGAUCCUUUACUUCCCUGCAGCAUCCAGGCUCUAUCUGGGUAUGUUAACCUGCAGGUGGAGCAGCCUCUGGAUGGAUGAAGUCAGGGAGCACUGUGUGUGAUGUGACAGCUGCUGUGUCAGGAAAGCCACUGGGAGAAAAGAGGACCGAAGGCUGAAGUUGUGAUGGUGGUUUGGUUUUAUUAUGGUUGGAUCUGGAGGAGUUGGAGUGUUCAGCAAUUUUGUACGUAACUGCUGUAACAUCCAGAGGUUUUGUAUCAUUUCUGUACUAAACAGAAUAUUGUGUUGAACUGUCUGACCUGAAUUAAAGCAGCUAUUGCAUCCCUCAGUAA